UUUUGGAGCAAAGAGUAUUCGUUGAUUAAACGUAGCUAGAAUCUGUUCCCUUCUUUUUCUCCUUCUUCUUAUGGCUUACAAGUAAUAGUUUCCAGAAACAAGGGGAAAUAAAAAAAAUCCAUUUAGUUUUAGGAUUUUGGUCUUCUUUUAUCUUUUGAGUCAUGGAGCUAGGUGAUUGUUGUUUAACAUCAAGUCCAGCAAGCGGAGAGAAGCGAAAGCUGCAUAGGACACAGCAAAAGGAGAAACCAUUCAGAGGGAUAAGGAUGAGGAAGUGGGGAAAGUGGGUCGCUGAAAUCAGAGAACCCAACAAGCGGUCCAGGAUUUGGCUCGGUUCUUACACCACCCCUGUAGCCGCCGCUCGUGCCUAUGACACCGCCGUUUUCUACUUGCGUGGUCCUUCCGCCAGGCUCAACUUCCCUGACCUCAUAUUCCAAGAAGACGAGCUUAGGGAUAUCUCAGCCGCUUCCAUACGCAAGAAAGCAACCGAGGUGGGGGCUAAAGUCGACGCUUUACAGACCUCACUCCAUCAUGCUUCUGCUUCAUCAUCGGAAUCAUCGAACCCUACUCGAGUUUUCCGUAAACCUGAUUUGAACAAGUACCCUGACAGUUCUGGUGAAGAUUGAAAAAAACAAUAUAAUAGUUUACCAUAACCCAAAAACCUACAACUGUUCAUACUCGCCACUUUUUUUUUCCCCCACUUAUGUCUUUUUGAUUCUCUCACGGAAUAGCAAGUGCCCAAAGAAUAGAAUCAAUAAAAAAAUGGAUUGAUUCUCUGUUUGAUAAGGUUAUGAAUGUUUUACUUUGGGAAUACAAGUUUAGUUUAUGGCAUGUAACUUUUAACAUGAAUGGAUAUUGAUGAAACAGGGAUAUAUAUCGCUGAGUUAGUAAA